AUGCACACCAUUUUAUCCUUUUUCACAUGUAAACAGGGCUUUUUGAAUCAGAUAUGUGAAUAAUGUUUAGACAAACAGCAAUGCAUCCCAUGCAUCUACUUGUUGGGUGUUUAAACACUAUAGCUUGGAAAUUAGCAUCCAGAUGAUUCAUUGGGGAAUUAGGAUAGUGUGGUGGGGGAAGGGCUUGUCACAUCAAAUACUUUCUGUGGUUAGCUCUUCCCCUUUUGCUGGAGUGCUCACUGCUGAAGAGCUGACUCUACAGGCCCUCUCCUAUUAAAUGUCAAGUCUUUCAUUCAUACCGCUGCCUGGUUACUAGAGUAAAGUGGACCAUAGAAACCAGAUAGCUGCUAAAAUUCCAAACUGGAGAGCUGCUCAAAAAAGGAGAAGUACAACCAGGCUCUCCACAAUCAGACUGGCUUCAGGUGGGCUAGAUGCAAUCUAUUCACACAGGGAAAUUAUUCCCUACAAUCAAGGACACCGUUUUCACUGCCCCAGCUCUGAGGAUCCCGACAGGAUGCUUCCCAAGCAGCAUUCUAAAGCAGCAGCAGCAGCAGCUGUAUCAGGAGCAGCCUUUGGAAGGAGCUGUGCGCAAUGCGAGCCUCAGCACUGAGCAUGUCCCAGUAGUGCAGCCUGCGAGCAGCUCAUUAUGCACCCAGGCAGCAGAUGGAAGAGAAGCGCAGCAAACAAUCGCAUCUCUGCCCACAAAGCGAAAGAAACGCGGGUUCAUCGCAAGCCUCGCCUCUGCAUCUGCAACACAUCUCAAACACUGGAACCGGAAUGAUCUGCUAGCCAUAAAGGGCAGGGCUCUGAGCAAAAUGGGCAACCAGGACGCUAAGCUAAAAAAAUGUUCAGGUGAUGUGCAGGAAGGAGCCGAGGCUGGGCCUAAAGAUGGAGAGAAUACAAAGAAGGGAGGAAAAAAGACUCUGGGGAAAAAACGAAGCAAAUCCGAAUCGAGAUCGUCCAUGUUCUCUAAUUUAAGGAUUAGGAAAACGUUAUCCAAGGCCAGAGAUGGUGCUUGUGGUUCCAAGGAAGACGUGCUGGGGAGCCAGGCCCUGCACACAGAGGAGCUGGACAGUGCUUGUUCGGUGCUCACCAAAACCCCAGAUAUCAGCAUUUCGGCAGAUGAAGCCGGCCUUUCCGAUACAGAUGCGGAUCAUUUUGAAAUUCCCCAUGAUGUGCCGGUGGCUGCUGCUAAAUGUGAUGCUCAGGAGGGACAAAGGACCAGCUCGGGUUCUGAUACGGAUAUCUACAGCUUCCACUCCGCUACCGAACAAGAUGAUCUACUCUCUGACAUUCAGCAGGCCAUCAGAUUGCAGCAAGCGACUUGCGAUAGCGACACCACUAAUCUGCUGUCAAAAGUUAUGGGCGGGACCCUCACUAACUCUCACACUUUGUUUCUGGAUGCAGCUGAGCAUCUUGUGGCACCUGAGAAAGAGAACGUCCAGCUGGCAGGUCCGUGCCCACCAGCACCCAUAGCACAGGGGCAGCAGGGCCUUACUGGAACUGGAGACACAGGACUAGGUCUUACCGAAGUAUCUGAUCCUACCCAAGAGCCACCCUUGGACGAACAAGCUACAGCCCAAAUUCACAUUCAGGUUUCUACCCCAGUCACUAGUAAGGAGGGUGAGAAUGCUGCAGGCCUACAGUCAGACACUGACAAUGAGACCAUUAGACUUGAAGGUUCAAAUGGAGACUUGGCUGUUCACAGUAUUUUCUAUGAAAGUUGCCAAUCAAAGGAUACUGCUGACAUGUCAAUCCAUAAUCAGAGGCUUAAUGGUUCUACAGACCUGGCUGACUGUGCUAUGAAUAGUACUCCAACUACACCCCAACUUGCCACAAACCACUCUGGUGUAAAGCCCUACCCACCCAUAAACCCUUGUUAUAUUAAAACAACCACCAGGCAGCUCAGCUCCCCUAAUCAUUCUCCGUUUGCAUCCCCAUCUCAUAGCCCCCAGUUAUAUAGGAAACAAGGACAGACCUUCAAGCAUGAAAGUGCCAUAAGGAAAAAGAGGUCCUGUAGUUUGGUUGGUAAUAUAAGCAGGUCUGCAGACUGGACUGAGGAAUUGAUUAAGGACCAGAAUAAACCUCUAAGGAAGGGAAAUUCCUCUGAUUUCCUAUUGUUUGGAGCAAAUGGUAAGGGGGCAGAAAGUCUCCCAAGUGAUUCCAGAAAAUCUAGUAUCCAGGCAUCUGCUUCAAGUUUUCCAAAUGUGUUUACAGGACGUACUCUGUUGGAAAAGCUUUUUAAUCAACAGAAAAAUGCACCUGAAGAAGCAGAGAAACUUUGCUCCCAGAUCAUCGCUGUUGGUCUUUUGUUGCCUUUCAGUGAUUGUUUUCGUGAGCAGUGUAGCAAAAGUGCGCCACAAAUUCCAUCCACUUUUGAUCAAGACCAGCUCUAUACGUGGGCUGCAGUUAGUCAACCAACUCACUCACUAGAUUAUUUAGAGGGCCGUUUUCCUAGAAGAAUACAAGCAGCAUGGCCGCCAGUCACCAAGGCCACAGUAAGAGAGGAGGAACAUCAGUCUCAUGACUCAGAAGUGGAAAAUAAAGCUAAAGAAGAGUCUGUGCCAAAAAAGGAAGAUUCAGAACUACCAUAUUCUUUACUUAAAGAAGACCAUAUUCAGAUAAUACAGCAACUUGAGCAAACUAUUGAGGAUUUGAGGACUAAACUUGCUGAACGUGAAAAACAGAAUGGCCAAGCAAAUAUUUCAGCUUGGGAACAAAUAAAGCCAUCAACAGAACCAUCUACUGAAGUGGAAGAUGAAUGGCAUAUAUCUUUAAAAAAAUGUGUAGAAGGAAAAUCUGUUCAGACUUCUCCGGUAGAAGAAUUACAGGAAGUGCCUUCCUUGUCGAUAUUAGCACAGUUAGAUAGUGCAGCUAGAAACAAAUAUAUGAAACAAUUACCAUCAAGUUUAGAACUUCCAUCGCAUUUGACUUACUGCUCUGAAUUAUCUGUGGUUUUAUCACCAAAACCAAAUUCACAGCAAAUUGAUUCUAAUAUAUUCACAGAUAUUUUAGCAUCUGCUUUACAGACUGGAUCUGUAUCCCUGCCUAUGUCGGAUUCCUCAGAUCAUAAACACAUCCUGUCCAGAAUUCCAACCCCACCUCCAUUGCCGUUUGUUUCCAUAAAUAAUCUUGAAAAUGCUUCUCAGAUGCUACCUGAUAAGCAUGACCUUGGUCCAUGUACAACCCAUAUUCCUCCGCCCCCACCUCCGGCUCCCCCGUCUUCAUUUAUUCCUGGAAUAGGAGUACCUCCCCCACCACCCCUUCCAUCAAAUCUAUACUUUGACAGUCAACAUCCUAUGCCACCUCCUCCUCCUCCUCUUCCUAAUGGUACAGCGUUUCCAUGUCCCCCUCCACCACCUCCUCCCCUUCCUCUUUCUUUAUUUGGCUCAGGUAUUCCACCUCCUCCUCCUCUGCCAAAUGGAAUUAGCAUUUUAAAUGCACCUCCCCCACCACCACCUCCCCCUCCUCUUCCACCUGACAUAGGAAUGGCAAGUGCUGCUGGCUUUCCUGUUCCUCCUCCUCCUGCCCCACCUCUUCCACCUGGCAUGGGGGUGUCACCAUCGCUUCCAUCUAGUAUUGGUAUGCCCCCACCACCUCCUCCACCCCCUCCUCCUCCCUUUCCAUUAGGAAUUGGUUCCAGACCUACUUCUCCUUCUAUGGGUAACUACAGGCCACCACCUCCUCCUCCUCCACUUCCAGUUGCCUUUUUGGGGUCAUCCCCUUCACCAUUACCUUGCUCCGGCCCUGCUCCUCCUCCUCCACCACCACCACCACCAUUUCCUGGCUCAGUGCCUAUUCCACCUCGUUUUUUAGCAUCCCAUGUGCAAGGAUCAGUUCUGCCUUCAUUUGGUUGUGCACCAGCACUUGGUUGUCUUACACCUCCAUUGCCAGCUGGAUUAUUUGCUUUCGGACUGAAUCAAGAUAAAGGAUAUAGAAAAGCACCAAUUGAGCCAAGCAAACCUAUGAAGCCUCUCUACUGGACAAGAAUUGAAUUGCAUGGGAAAAGAGACUCCAAUAUACCACUUGUUUGGGAAGCUGUUAGUGAGCCAAAAGUCGACUUUCACGAGCUGGAAAAUCUUUUCUCUAAAACUGCAGUAAAAGAAAGAAAAAAACCAAUUUCUGACACCAUAACGAAGACAAAAGCUAAACAAGUUGUCAAGCUGCUGAGCAAUAAAAGAUCACAAGCAGUUGGAAUAUUAAUGUCCAGUCUCCAUCUUGAUAUGAAAGAUAUUCAACAUGCUGUGUUGAAGAUGGACUACUCUGUGGUUGAUCUAGAAACUCUUCAAGCUUUGUUUGAAAAUAGAGCUGUGCCAGAAGAACAAGAAAAAAUAGAUAAGCAUGUCAAGGCUUCGAAAACUAAAGAUCAGUCUAAACCUCUGGACAAACCUGAGCAGUUCCUUUAUGAACUGACGACAAUUCCUAAUUUUACAGAAAGAGUGUUCUGCAUUCUGUCACAUUCAACCAUUUCAGAGAGCACUAGCUCACUCCGUCGCAAGCUUGAAUUACUACAGAAAGUCUGUGAGACCUUGAGGGAGGGUCCAGUUCUGCGUGUUUUGGGUCUGGUUCUUGCCUUUGGAAACUAUAUGAAUGGAGGAAACAGAACUCGAGGCCAAGCUGAUGGCUUUGCAUUAGAUAUCCUGCCAAAGCUGAAAGAUGUAAAAAGCAAUGAUAACAGCAGGAACCUUCUUUCUUACAUUGUGUCAUACUACUUGCGCCAUUUUGAUGAGAAUGCUGGUAAGGAAGACUGUGUCUUCACUCUCCCAGAACCUCAGGAUCUUUUUCAAACCUCCCAAAUGAAGUUUGAAGAUUUUCAGAAGGAUCUUCGAAAAACAAAAAAAGAUUUUCAAGCUUGUGAGACAGAAGCUGAUAAAGUGUAUCAGAAAUCAUUAGAAGAACAUCUACAGCCUUUCAAGGACAACAUGGAAGUGUUUCUAAGUAAAGCCAAAAUUGAACUGGAGGACACUGAAAAAUUUCUCACUGAAGUUCAUUCAAGGUUUCUGGAAACAACAUCCUAUUUUUGUGUAAAGCCAAAAAUUGGAGAGAAAGAGGUGUCUCCAAAUUCUUUCUUCAGCAUCUGGCAUGAAUUUACUACUGACUUUAAAGACUUUUGGAAGAAAGAAAAUAAACUCAUUCUGCAAGAGAGGUUAAAAGAAGCGGAAGAAGUAUAUAAACAAAAAAAGGAAAAAACAUCAAUAAUUGUGAAACCAAAACAUGAAUCUGGGAUAAAAGCAAAACUAAGCUUAAGAAGCUGAAGAGGAUUAAGACAUCAGUUUUUGUAAAAGAAUGCAGAAGAUAAAUGGUUACUAAUUUCUAGAAGUUACCUAAAUGUAAUUAUGUGCCAUUUUUAAAUUGGAAAGCAUGAAAUGGUUCAUAAUUCUGCUCUUUGUUGGGACUGAGGGAACGUAUGUCUAUGUACAGAAUAAAAAUAUUGUUUUUUAUUUGUAAAUAGGUAAAUUAUAAAGCUACUUAAGCAAUUAUGGUUUCACGCAUUAUGGGUUAUUUGCUCAGCAGCUCUAAACCUAUGAAUGUACAGAGUAUCAUUUUAGCAGAAAUAAUUCAUAGAAGCCUUUGUAAUGUACCAUGAGUUCCAAAUGUAUUCAACUUUUAUUUAUUUUUUUUUUGUAUGUGUAAUAUUUCCAUGUUCAUAUAAAGUGUUUACCAUUCCCUUCAUGUCUUUCUUUUCAUUUUCCUAUACUUCCUCUCCUAAACUAUAAUGUUAUGAGUUCUUGAAAUAUUAAAACUAAUGUGCAAUACUUAAGUUUUUCUACUUCAGUUUUUUCUAGAUUGUUAAUGUAUAUAUAAUAAAAUUACUAAUAAACUGA